AUGCCUGCCCAAGGAUUUAAGGCCCAGGCACUAAUAAACAAAGACGAGGAAGCACGUCGUCACAGCUCUUUGACAAUGUCCCCCAAAGAACACAUCAAUGAUUCUCCCCCAGCCCAUGCUUCUGCUGGGCGGCAUGCAAAUGAAUGGCCAGGAAUUGGUUUCUCCAUAUCAUCCCGGACGCAGUUGCCUAAAAGAAAGAGAGCGGCCCUCAUAGGCGUCACCUAUCUUGGUACUCGGGGCCAGCUACCGGACUCGAACGUGGGCGGAUUGGCAUGUCUAUUAAAUCGGAAUUAUGGGUAUCGGGAGGAGGACAUAGUAAUGCUCACAGAUAUGCAGCAGCGACCGACGAGUCAACCCACCAAAAAGCAGAUUUUGCUAUCUAUGCACUGGCUAGUCAAGGAUUCCCGGGCUGGAGACCAUUUGCUGUUCUAUUAUUGUGGCCAUGGCGACUUGGAGAGAGCACUUGUACCGCUCGACUUUCUAGAGAACGGUUUCAUCAAGAUGACAGAUCUCCAAGAUAUUAUGACCUCGCAGCAAAUUCCUGGAGUACUGAUGACAGUUAUCAUCGACUGGUACGGCCAUGAGAGCAGUAUGCAAGAAUGGUUUGGCAUCCUAUAG